AUCGGACAGACGAUGAGACAAACACUUACAGCUAUUUUUGACGUGUUUUGGAAAAACGCGGACAAGCUCGCCCCAUGUGGCUCUAGUCAACAGAACGAGGCAUUCAAUUCAAGCGUGUCGGCGAAAAGUUGUAAAGCCCACCACUAUGCAGGUUCCGAAUCGUUCGAUUUUCGAGUUGCUGCCACCGUUUGUGAAAAGAACUUUGGUACCAAAUAUAUCGUCGAUUUAAAUAAGAAGCUAGGACUGUCUCCCGGAAAAUUAACGGAAGAAUUUCGGGAAAAGAAAGACUACCAGCGAGCCAAGCGACGAGAACGAGCCAGCAAGCCCGAAACCAAGAGAAGACGUCUGUUCAUGCAGAAGCAGCGGUCCAAUAAAAAGAAUAGGGCCGAGAGAAAAGAAGGAAUCACAUAUUCGACUGAAUGUGGACUUGACGGAAUAAUGGAACUCAUUGAUAGACCUGUAGUAAACCCAACUGCACCUAAAGACAGUCCUUUAGUUUAUUUUGACCUUGAAACGACUGGUCUUUCCGUCAAAUAUUCGGAAAUUUGCCAAAUUGCAGCCAGAUACGAAGAUCAGGAGUUCAGCGCCUACAUGGUGCCUCUGCGAUCCAUUUCAAAAAAUGCUGCAGACGUAACUGGCUUGUCAGUCUGCGCAGGUGAAAUGUUUCUCCACGGAGAGAAGGUCGAAACGACUCCAUUUCAUACUGCCCUGCAGAACUUUUUGCAAUUUCUAAGGAAUAUAGGCAAAGCCAUCACGUUGGUUGCUCACAAUGGAUUCACGUUUGACGCACGAUUUUUAAUUAGAGAUAUACGCGCUUAUAAUCUAUUGGAGGAGUUCACAUCAGUCGUUUAUGGAUUUACCGAUACUCUUCUUGUCUUGAAAGCGAAAUUGCCUUCCCGAACUGCGGCUAAGUUAAAAUUCACGCAAGUCGAACUUGCAAGUGAUUUGCUUGGCGAGAAUGUUGCAGCCGACGCUCACAAUGCGUUGAACGAUGUCAGAAUCCUUCAGCGAAUCGUCGACAAAGCGGAAGUCACACGUCAAGAAUUAAUGGAUCGCUCAAAGUCUGUGACUGCUAUGGUGCAGAUAAUUGAAAGGUCCACUUUGAAAAAUAAAAACAAGUUCACAAUGGAUUGCAUGCAGGGAUCCGUCUCAGUCGGCAUGAUUGGUAAGAUGGCAGAAGCAGGGAUCACUCUUGAUCUUUUGCAACGUGCCUAUAAAAAAGGCAGUAAGGGUAUAGAGCUUUUACUGGGCAAAGAUAUUGGAGGACGUCCAAGGAUAACAAAGAAUAAGAAGAUACUCCAAAACGUUAUCUCCGAGGUCAAAAAGACCAUAGAAAGCACGCAGAGCACGGAAAGGAACACGUGAAUAUUCCAUAAUUUAUACAUGUACAAAUUAUGGAGAUGUAUAUGUAGUGUAUGUACAUUUGCAUUAUUCUCUAGGUUUGCUGUUUUUUCUUGCAGUAAUUAUCAACAUUUAUGGUAUUAAUAAAACGCAUUAAUAAUAGCUAUGUACGGAUACAUUUAUAGAAUGAAUAAAAUAUAAUAUAUAUCAACCUGAUUUGAAAUCCUGAUAUCUGUGAUAAGAAAAUAGAUAUGGCUAAAAAUAUGAUUAUUACGGUAAAAAAUAAAAUAUACUAAAAUAGAAAAAAUAUACGUCACAAUUAUUUUUACAAUUCCGCGAUAGUGAAUAUAUUCAUACAACUGCCGAAAAAGAUAUAUUAUCUUUAUUAUUUAUUUAUUAUCUUUAUAACAUCCAUUGAACCUCCAUUCAACGGUGGGAGAAUGGUAGGACACGCACCUUGUGCUUAUGCGUCAGCUGACGCGUGUGUAUCGUAACUUUGCUUCCCGCGUCAUUUAUAUUUCCCGCGCGCGAUUCUUCCCGGGAUCUCCCGAGCGCUAUCAGAGAAAGCGUCCCCGCCAAUCGUAUCGGUUCCCUCGCGCACCGCGUGGCAAGCCAUUGGCGAAUGAGUCCGUUGCCCCUCCACCGCGACGGCAGCGUACUGCAGUCAGUCGUUACCAGUCGACCAAGUCGUUACAAGUCGUUACAAACGAGUACAAGAGUGUCUCUGAGUGUGUGUGCGUGUGUUCCUGCGUGCGAGCGGAUCGAGCGUAUCUUUUGUGUUAUCGCCACGAUAUCUCAAUAAAGCUUCUUAAAUUGAAACACGAGUAAGUCAAUCGCCUUACUCGACCACGCCCGAUCUCUGAGACGAGACCAGAGAUUACCUGCGUGGAGGCCACAAGGCCUACCAGAUACAUUGGUCCUUCGAGCCGGAUGCGAGACACCCGCCACCAGGUAACCACGCACACGGUCACACAAGCAACCAAGGUCGGUACGCGAAGACGACGGUCGUCACACGAGACCGCACGCUGCCGACGAAACGAGGCGCAAGACCCCGUUAGAGAGAAGGAGGCCACGACUCGAGCAUCGCCCGCCAUCCGGACCAGUCGCGCCGGGAGGCCGCGACUCGAGCAUCGCCCGCCAUCCGGACCAGUCGCGCCGGGAGGCCGCGACUCGAGCAU